UAAAUUAGGAUUAUUACUUAUUCUAUACCGCUUUCAGAUAAGUAUCUAUAAGUAUAAUAUAUAACUUUGAUUUUUGUUUUUUUAGAUUUGGAUUCCGUAUGUGAAGAUUACGGAUUCGAGAAUAAUAUAUAAUAUUUUAUUUUUCCUACACCAUUAUGUUCCGGCUUUUCUCGGCGAUUCUUAUUUGUGGUGUUCGGGGAAAAAAACAAAGUACCUAAAUAUAUUUUUACUUAUUUAUAUUUAUCUUACUAAAUGUCAUAAUAUCGUGAUAGUUUAUACUUUUAGGAUAUCGAAGAUUCUUAUCAUAUAAAUAUUGUCGCUCCUUUUGAUUUUGCCAUGCAAUUGGACUUAAAGUCCGUAACUAAAAUAAAUGUUUUAACCAUAUGAUUUAAGCAAAAUGCACAUCUAAAAUAAUUCAAAUCUUUUAUAUAAGGCCUUUUUUCUUGAGAUUAAUUUUAAAAAUAUUGAAUCGUGUUAUGUUAUUUGUUCUUCCUUACUAGCGACUGCUACUUAUAGUUAUUACUAUAACUAUAAGUUGUAGAUUUAUUGAAAAUUCACAAUUCUUAUUAUAUUAGAAAUGGCGACUUUAUGAUAAGCAUCAGCUUUAUCUAUUUAGACAAUUUUAAAUGGUUAUUUUGUCAUGCUAUAUACUGUAGGUAUUUUAAAAUUCGUAUUGUUUUUUAAUUGAUAUGUAUUAGGUUAAAAAGUAUUUCAAUAUUACGAAUUAAGGUUAGGAAAAAUAUAAAUUAAUGACAAAACUCUAAAAAGUUACAAGGGACAUUAAAACUAUUUUUUUCGUUGGUCUUUUCGGUGCAGUGCAUUAUAUUUAUACAAAAAAUAACUUUAAAUUUAUUUUAACAGAACGGUAAGACUGUAUAGAACACUGAACACCAUGAUGAAAGACUUAGAAUUUUUCGUCUUCCGACAUUUUCAUUUCGAUGACACUCGUUUACAAGAGCUGAUUGCAUCGCAGAGCGAUAUGGACAAAAGUUUGUUCAACAUGGAAAUAUCCAAUAUUGUAUGGCAAGAUCAUUUUCUAAAAAGUAUUAAAGGAUUCAAACGUCAUAUUCUCAAAGAAAACGAAUAUAGCCCGGAAGCUAAACAGAGAUAUAACAAGUAAUUAUAUCUGUCUUCGUAGUUUAUAUUUCACGUAAAAAAGUAAAUUUAUUAAAACUAGGGUUUUAAAUUUUUUUUUUCAGAAUCUGGAAUGCUUAUUACACUUUAAAAACAUUUUAUUAUGGUUUUCUGAUAUAUUUGAUAAUUUUAAUAUUAAAAUAUAUUUUUUAUUGAUUUAAUUUUAUGUUUUAAAAAGAGUUAUUAAACAAUAAAGGUUUUUUUUUAUGAAAAUAAAAAUUGUUUUUACAAGAAGUUUCGAUUAGUUUUUAUUAUCGCAUAGGUGAAUGUAUUGUUAUUAUUAUUAUAUUAAAAAAAAAAAAAAUUAUUUUUCUUUUGUGUAUUAUAUGCUAUUAUAAAUGACAAUAUAUGACGAUAAUAAUUGAUAAUAAAUGGUAAAUAAUUAAAUGGGCAUAAUAUAUUUUCUUUGAUAAUAUUUUUUUAAUAUUGUACCGACUUUCUCGUUUUUCUUGCCUUAUUCCUGUCUUUUUUAUGGCUUUUCACAUUUUUUGGGAAAAAUCUUGGCAAAUCGAAAAGUGAUCUCGUUUAUGUACCUCUCUAGUAAGAUUUUCUUUCAGAAAUUGUACUAUCAUUGUAAAUUUGUGCAAUUGUUCCCAACCGCCGAUCGAGUUUUAAAUAGAUUAUGGAUGUUCGGGAACAUGGUAAUGAGGCCCCAAAGACUUCUAGACGUAUUCCCCAUAUAGUGACAUUAAAUAAUGUGUUUUUUUUUGUCAAAAUUGGAAUAAUUGGACCUUAUUUUUUAGAAAACGAAAUAGGCCAGAUAGUUACGAUGAAUUGUGAACGUUACGUUGCUAUGCUCUAAGAUUUUUCCCCCUACUUGGAGGAAAAUGAAAUAGACACUGAAAAUAUUUGGUUUCAACAGGACGGCGCCACUGCUUGUUUCAUUUUUAAAUUUUAAAAUCGAUCGGUGGUUGGGAACAAACGCGAAGAAAGUCCGGAUCGCGUACGGAUUACGCGUUGUGUAGCCACGGUUGGCCCAUUGUUUCGAAAAUAUGUCUCUACGGCGAACGAAAGAUGUUUGUUACGCCAUUGUGAUAUUUUGACUUAACUUUCUGUUACGUACUAUACAAUGCGAAGUUCGGCAAUAUUGUUCGAGUUCGAGUUAAGUGGACUACCCACAGUCGUCAAAUGAAGGUGUACGAUGUAGUCAUAGUGAAGGAAGAGUGCAUCCCACCGACUAGAUGGAAGCUUGGUAGAGUCAUUCAACUGCACNUUACGCGUUGUGUAGCCACGAUUGACUCAUUGUUUCGAAAAUAUGUCUCUACGGCGAACGAAAGAUGUUUGUUACGCCAUUGUGAUAUUUUGACUUAACUUUCUGUUACGUACUAUACAAUGCGAAGUUCGGAAAUAUUGUUUGACGCCCCUCUUCUAAAGCUUAUCUCAAAGGGGCUGUUUUUGCUCCGGCACUCUGUAUAACUAUUCAGCCACGACAAAUAUACAUUAUGUAAGACAAUAUUUAAUUAUACUAUUAUGACAUAUGUUUUUAUGCAGUUAAAGUUUUUGUUUUAAUGCAUGUAUUUUUUUUCAAAAAAAACUGAAAUUCCAUACAAAAAUGAUAGUGUACAAAAAUUAUUUUGUCACUCCCUAGCGUUAUGUAUCACUCGCUAUAAUAUUAAUUUUUUUAAAAAACCAAUAUAAUUCAAUAACUAAGACUAUAAGAGUGUGCCUGUUUCAAGAGAUUUUCAUUUUAGGGAUGUUAUAAUAGUUAAUAAAUUUAAGAAUUCGACUUCUAUUUCCGGUGACAUUCGAUGUCUAAAUGUCACGAAAUUCGCAGAAGUUCAUAUUUCGAGUCUCUAUGAAUUUUUUUAAUAUAAUAUUACAACAAAUAAAAAAAUUGAGAAAAAAAUAAUAGCAUUAUUUUCAUAAAUUUCCCAUUUUUUUGCGGUUUGUCCUCGUUUUUUCCAGAUAUUAUAAAAACCGCUUGGAUAUUAAAAAAUAACCUUCAAAAAGUACCAUCUGGACAAUAUUCCCCUUAAGAUAUGAUGGCGAGCAAAAAAUCAGAGCAAGAUUUCUGGUAGAAUUAUCGUACAAAUUAUAAAAAAAAAAAAAAUAAAUUAGAUAACACAUUAUUAAAAUCAAUAAAUUCAUCGCUACACUCAGAAUCUAAAUUAAGCUAAUAUUUUUAAUAAGAAUAUAAUUUGUAUUUUAUUUAUAUUUACAGGUCAAACUAAUUUAUCAGAUUAAUAAUGAUUUUUAUUACCCAUGGCCCACGAAUUAUAUUCAUAAUACCUACUUGUGUGCCACACAAUACACAUUUCCUAAAUUGUAAAAGAUAUUUUGAAUAAAAGUUUAUGACCGAUACGUAGCCUUUUAUAAUUCGUUGUUUAAGUUAUUUGUUAUGUAAAUUGAUGAAUGCCUAAUAUGUAUAAUACACUUAUCAUAAUACUCCAGGUGACGCAUUAAUUCAUUUAUUUAUUUUUAUUUUAUAUAAUAUCUAUUUACUAGUAUUAACAAGUUGAAUAAUUUUGUUUUUAAUUUAUUAUUUUAUUGUCAGACAGAAAAGUUCAAUUGACAGUAUUCGACAAUAAAAUUGCAUAUGAUCAAACUCUAACGACCGUUGGAAUCUUGAUUAUUGAUAAUAUUGAUAGCUAAUACUCGAUACAAAACUUGUAGUUUUUAAAGCUCGUGCAUUACGAUACUUUCAAGUUUGACACGUCAUUAAGUCAUAAUGAACAUAAAUCCGUAAAUAUUACUAUGAACACCUUAAAAAAAGUAAAUGGAAAUUCAGUCACUCUUGUGUAGUGAAAGAAACGCUCGCGUAAAUAUUAGUAACAAUAAUAAAUCCUAAAACUAAAUUGUCAUUCAUAUAAUCCAUGAAUGAACAAAAAAUAUAAAAGUAUAGGUCGUAAUGAAAAUACUUAAAAAUACAUAAUUUACCCCCAACGAGUUGAAUUUUCAAAAAUCAAAUCAGGUUUUUUUUACCAAUAUUUAAUCAAAAGCGUAGUUCAAUCGAUUUGAAAUUAAAAUCCAAUACAAUUUGUGGAGACAAUGA